AUGGCAGGAACCGUUCGGAUGCAGACCUCAAAUGGUCGCCUUGUCAGACACGCUAUGAAUGAUGAGGAACGGCGACCUCUUACUCCUACGCCAACGAAUCUGCCCGCCUCGGAAAUCGGCAAGCUGAUUCAGACGAGCCCUCCAGAUAUUGCCUAUAUCCAAUAUGACAUAUCACUUGAGCCCAAAUACCUACCUCAGAUGCGAGCGUUGAUCGCAAAGGAUCUGUCAGAGCCAUACAGCAUCUACGUUUACCGCUAUUUUCUUUACCAAUGGCCAGAAUUAUGUUUCUUUGCUAUCGAUACCAGUACGCCUGAUCGUGAUCUUGUGGCAGUGGUGAUAUGCAAACUUGAGAAGCACCGAUGUGGUCCGCUAAGAGGGUAUAUCGCUAUGCUGGCAACGCAAGAAGGGUAUCGGGGGAAAGGCCUGGCCAGGACACUAGUCAGCAAGGGUAUUGAUCUCAUGAUCGCAAAAGACGCAGAUGAGAUUGCGUUGGAAACAGAAGAGACGAAUGUGGCUGCUAUGAAGCUCUACGAAAGCCUGGGCUUUUUGAGGAGCAAGAAACUACACCGGUAUUACCUGAAUGGAAACAGUGCAUAUCGUCUGCUAUUAUACCUCAAGCCUGGAGUUGCUUCUAUUCCGAUGGAUGAGUAUGUUGACCCAUAUGAGCUUCCCCCAAGUGCUCAGGACGAUCCCAUGCUUGUGCAAGGUCUGGAGGAUAGAGAGGAACUUUUCAGCAGGGGUAUAGUGUGA